AUGAAUAUUGACGAGUUUAAGUCUGGCCUAAAGAAACUAACUGUGAAUAAACGGGUUAUUAUCGAUGAUCUAACUACUUUUGCUGAGAAAUACUCGGCUGAUGCCGCUGAAGAAAUAGCCGCAGCUAUUCACGAACACAUCAGGACGUGCCCUCCACAGCACAAGCUACUUGCAUUCUACCUUUUGGAUAACAUCUCCAAAACCGUUGGUAACCCUUACAACAUUCUUCUAGCUAAUGGGCUAUAUCAACUCUUUAAAGACACGUACGUUAUUGUUGACGAUGGUACACGACAUAGAUUGAUAGAGUUGUUCAGAACAUGGGAACACUACGAAAACACAUCUGUUUUUAAUAUGCAGGUUCUAGAAAAUAUUGAGAAAUUUAUUCAACAAGCACAGAAUCUUCGUUCAGCUUCUCCUGGACUUGAAAGCCUAUCAAAAUCUGAAUUAACACCCAGAAUUCUUAUUCAGAAUGCGAAAGACUUGUUGAAAUUACAUGAUGAGUUGAUUUUGCAAGUUGAAAAUUUUGUCAAGGGAGACUAUCAUAAAUUUUUACUGGACGAUGAUUUUUGUUUCAUCGAGCAAUUUAAACAGAUACAAGUACAAUUGUAUGAGCUGAUCAAUGAGAUACUUAGGCACAUUUAUGAGGACGUGAAUUCAUAUCAUAAUGGUAAAGAAAAGCUUGUCAAUACUCCUCAAUUCAAUAUUAAUGCAGGAAAAUACAAAAUAGACAUUGUCAGAAAUCAAAAAGAAUUGUUUAAACAACAACAGUCAUUAACAGAUUUUCUUGCUACCUGCAAGCCACGAUUGCAUAAGGCUUAUAUGUUGAAAAAAGAGAAACGAGAAAAGAUAAAAUACCUAAAGAAAUACAGAUUUGUUAUAGAGAAGCGUCCCAAUACAAGGUUUUUCUCGCAAGUUUUGAAUGAAUCAGAAGAGUUUAUUGAUUUAAUUGACAAGUUUGGAAAGGUCGCCAAAUUUACACCAGAAGAGUUAUUGUUUGUUAAUGAACCACAGUUGAUUGAACCCCCGCAAAAUGAAGCCCACGAUCAUCAAAUAAAUUCGAAUUUCUUGGGAUUCCCUGUUGAUAUUGAUAGUCUAAAGGAACCAGCAACUACUCAGGAUAAAGCACAAGAGUCUAUAUUGGGACUUUCUAUUAAUUUAGAUAGUCUUUUAGGCUCUGGCAACAACAAAACUAGAAAUUCAAAUGGAUCUACAGACAAAUUACAAGAUUUGGCCCCUGAAACAUUGUCGUUACAAUUAUCUCUGCAUCAACAACAACAAGAGCAACCCAUGGCAGGUUUAUCCAUUCUUUCAUCAUUACCAUUCACCUCCAUUUUAGCACCUACCACUGAUCAACCUCCAUCAAUAGAUCAACCUCAACCUGUAUGGAGUCAGAAUAACACUUUGAACAGUCAAAAUCAUGAAAAUAAAUCACUAACUUCUGACCAGUCCACACAGCAUGAUAAGCAAAUGCAAUUAACCACCCGAGGUCCGUUAGAAGUUACACGAACACGAAAUCCAGAACAGGACCCGGAUCCACAACCGGUGCUUUCAACCGAUCGGCCAAAACCUUUGGAAGAAAAUGAUGGGGUGAUAACAUAUUAUCCAAUUUUUGGAGAUCAACCUAGUUUGGUAAAUAAUGGGUCUUUCAGACAUCCAAGGAAAGUGUUUAGAAGACUGGUCCAAGCUCAAUCCAUUGGAGAUCUCACUUUGAAGUAUAUCCCCGAAUUCUUUAAACAAUAUGAGAUCGAUAUUAAUCUUCCAAAUUUUCCAAUUCCAAGCCGGUUUCCAAAUUCAAAUCAAUUUCCAGUCAUUCCAGAGUUUAGAGUAAAUGAAACAAAUUUAGAUAGUUCGUCAAUCAGCAAUGGCGACCAAGUUCUACAAAUUGAAUAUCACAAGGAUACAACAGAAAAUGGGAAUACAGAACUAGCAAAUAACGGGGAAUCAAUUAAAGAGUCAGAAGUACCGAAAGAGCAACCGGUGAUAUCAACAAACGAGGGUCAACCUACUGUUGAAAAUGACACAUCUGCUGCAAAUGAACAGGAGGUACAUCCUACCACUUCUACAGUCCAAUCUUCAAAUACAUCUACUGCAAAUGAAGAAGUUGAAAGAGCGCCACAAACUGCUCCGGUCUUACCACCAAGAAAACUCAGUUUGAAUGAUUAUAGAAAAAUCAAGAUGAACCAAGCAAAUUUGCCCCAUUCGCCAACAUCACAAUCAUUACCACCUCCACCGCCUCCGCCACCGCCACCGCCACCACCACCACCAGCAUCUUCUCAUAGCUCAUCUAAUAAUAAAUCGUCAGAGAGAUCUCGUUUAACUGAUCGUCAGUCGUAUUCAAGUUUGGCCAUUCCAUCUAAUCGUCCUAAAUCAAAUUUAAAGAGAAAGGGAACAAAUGAUGAGCCAAAUAGACGAGCUAAACAAGUAAAAUUUGCCAAUAAUAUCUGA